AUGAGGUUCUCAAAUCUGGUCAACGCUCUUGGAGCGCUCGCUGUGCUGCCGGUGCUUUCGACGGCGCUCACGGUCGGCGAUGUCAUGAGCAAGUCGCUGGCGCAUUUCGGCGAGCUCGAGCUCAGAAAGAGAGCCACCAUCGGCGACAUCCUCAAGGACGUUGAGAAUGGGGCGUCGUGCGGGGCGUGCAAUUCCCUGCUCCUCGUCCUCCAGGCGCUUGCCCACACGGGCAACGACAACUUCUCCAAGGUCAUCACGGCGGUCUGCCAGGGCCUCAAGGUGCAGGACAGCGACGUCUGCGCCGGAGCCAUCGGUCUCGAGGGACCCAUCCUGGCCCACGACCUCCGCGUCAUGACGGUCGGGACCAAGACCUCGGACCUCUUCUGCCUCACCGUCUUUGGCCUCUGCCAGUGGCCCGAGGUCGACACCAAGAACGCGCCGGCGCUGUCGGCCAAGCCCGCCGGCGUCUCGCGGCCUGCCACCAGCGGCCGCGCCCCGCUCAAGGUGGUGCACAUCAGCGACAUCCACAUCGACCUGAGCUACGAGCAGGGCGCCAGCUGGAACUGCACCAAGAACAUCUGCUGCCGGCCGUACACGGCGGCGGACAAGCCGGGGCAGAACGACACGCCGGCCGGCAAGUUUGGCGACGUGCACUGCGACACGCCGGUGACGCUGGAGGAGAGCAUGUACAGCGCCAUCGAGACGCUGGUGCCGGACCGCAACUUCACCAUCUUCACGGGCGACGCGGUCGAGGGCGCCGUGUGGCUCGUCACGCAGACCGAGGUCACCAACGACCUCAACGACGCCUUUGGCCGCAUGGGCAGCCUCGGCGCCGUCUACCCCGUCACGGGCAACCACGACGUCGCCCCCGUCAACUCGUUCCCGCCCACCGCCGUCGACACCGACAUGUCGUCGCAGUGGGCCUACGACACCAUGAGCACGGGCUGGCAGGGCUGGAUCGGAUCCGCGGCCGCGGCCGAGGUCUCGACCAACCACGGCAGCUACUCCGUCCUGGACAAGGCGUCGGGCCUGCGCAUCAUCAGCGUCAACACCAACUUUUGGUACAAGCAAAACUUUUGGAUGUACGAGAAGAACUGGGAGAGCGACCCGAGCGGCAUGUUUGCCUGGCUCGUGGGCGAGCUGAGCAAGGCCGAGGCCGCCAACGAGAGGGUCUGGCUUCUUGGACACAUGCCCAUGGGUUCGGGGGACACCUUUCACGACUCGUCGUACUACUUUGACCAAAUCAUCCAGCGAUACGACGCCACCAUCGCAGCCACCUUCUACGGCCACACCCACAAGGACCAGUUCGAGAUCGCCUACAGCGACUACAGCGCCCAGUCCGCCUCGACCGCGACCAUGGUGUCCUACGUGGCCCCGGCCCUGACGCCCACCUCGGGCAACCCGACCUUUCGCGUCUACGACGUCGACCCCGUGACCUUUGCCGUGCUCGACUACACCGUCUACUACACCGACGUCACCUCGCCCAGCUACCAGACCAACCCGGUGUGGCAGAAGCUGUACUCGGUCAAGGAGGCGUACGGGCCGCUGGUGGGCGUGACGGACCCCACGGCGGAGCUGACGCCGGCCUUUUGGCACAACCUGACCGCCGUCUUUGAGAGCGACGACGCCGUCUUCCAGACCUACCGCGCCCGCAAGACCCGCGGCUACGACACGUCCUUUUGCGACGCCGACUGCAAGGCCGCCGAGAUCUGCCAGAUGCGCGCCGCCGACGCCCAGCACAACUGCGUCGCCGUCAAGCCCGGCGUCAACUUCAAGCGCGACGAGAGCAGCGGCGACGCCGACCUUCCCGCCGCCGACGACCACGGCCACGUCGGCGAGUGCGACGGCAGCCAGGCCGCCCCCAUCCUCAGCGACAUCUCCACCUCCACCGAGGGCCUCGAGACUUUGAGGAGCGUCCUGUCCGAGGUUCUGGGGCCUGCCUUCCUCGACCAGCAGGUUCCCGAGUACAAUGCGACGUCUGUUUCGACUUAG